CUAUGUCGGAGAGACAAGUAAAACUGGGUUUUUUGAGUAUGCUGGAACAAAAACUGAGUAUGUUCUGGAGGAUUCAGAGGACAGACCAUUGUCACCUGAUUUUAAGUCAGAAAACAGGUCUUUAUUGCUGGAGGAAAUUAAAGAUUCUCCAGAUUCUUUGAAAGGCAUCUGCUCGGAUUCCCCAGUUCCUCCGAUUUUCCCUUACUUUUCUAACAUUUCAGAGUGUCACUCAUCUUUACCAGAAUCAGCUGUGUCAACUGAUGGAUCAGACCACAACAAAAGGAGGCCUUUAUCACAUGUUUCUGUAAUAUCUGCAGAUGGAAGUGCUCCAUUUUUACCUGAUUCACCCUUACAAGACUUCAGACCUGUUGUACCUGAAUUGCACACAGCUGCCUUUGGAUAUAGGUCCUCCAAACCAGAGUCAUUGCUUUCACAUACUGAAUAUGGCUUCUCAACUUCAGUGGUCUUUACAGAUGAGAGAACAGACUCAGCUUCCAAUCUUGAAGACAAGAUGUCAGCAGCUGAUGAAACAUUUAGGGCACACCAGAUGAUAUGUCAGCUGUAUGAUCCUCAUUAUGUAGGAGAAAGUUUUGUAAACAGAGCUGAAAUAGUUGAUGAUACUGGGACCAAUGUAGAAUGUAUUCAACUCGAUUCAGAUGUGGAAGAGAAGGAAUUUUCUGCUUUAUUUUUUGAACCUUCAGUUUCAUCAGAGUUUAGUCCUGCUGAGUCCUGCAUCCUUGGCAGUCCAGGGUCUUUCAAUUCAGAAACUGAAUUGCGGCCACUUUCACCAGAGUCAGUCAUGGAAUAUAGGCCCAUGUCACCUGAAGACUUAGUGACAGAAAUAAGAAGAUGGUCUCCUGACUCAAGGGCAUCCAUUAAUGAGUUUAGGCCUCUAUCUCCAGACUCUCCUCUACCACCACCAUUCAACCCAGAUAUAGAAGAAGGUGUGUUAGUUUUUGGAAGCAGGUCAUCAUCACCUACAUUUUUCAUGCUGGACAAUGACUUAGAAGUUUUGGACAUGCAAUUUUUUGAGGUGAAGGGGGGAUCACUUACACCGGAUUCUGAAAAUGAAUUUAGGACACUUUCCCCUGAUUCACCUAUACUUGAAUUCAAACAUUUUAUAUUUCACCCCCCAAGUGUUUCGAAUGCUGAAUGCAGGUCCAGUUCAACUGAAUCUGUUUGUUUUUCUGAUUUAGAAUUUGAAGAGGGUCGAUUUGUAUCAAUGGCAGAUGAACACCGACUUCCAUCGCCUGAUUCAGGCGUAUCUAGAGACGAAAGUCAAACUCAAUCACCAGAUUCAUCUGAACCUCAGGUCAUGUCAGGAGUAGCUGAACGUUACCCAUCAUUUGUUGAGUUUAGAUCAACAGUUAUGUCUGAUGUUAAGUAUUCAUCUUUAGCUAACCGCUUACUUGAUACUGAAGAUAGGCCAGUUGUUGUAGAAUCAUUAGAAUCAGAAACUGAAGAGAAACCUUUGACCUUUGACUCUAUAUCAGAGUAUAGAAUUUCCUCACCUGUAUCACUAAUGGCAAAUGUCACAUCAUCUUCUCCUGAAUCAAGUGGCUCUCUAAACAAAUCAGGUCAUUUACCAAAUUCCACUCUUUCUUGUGUUGAUGCCAGUGGUCACCGGUUGUCAUCACCUGAAUCGGUAACUUCAGAAAUAGAAUAUGCUCCUUUGAUUUCACAGAUGUUUGAUGUUAAGGACAGACCAGACUCCUGCCAAUCAGACGUGUCUGACCUCAGAUGUUUGUCUCCUGACUCUCCACUACCCCAGUACACCACUAUGUUAGAAGUCAAAUACUGGCCCUUAUCACCCAUAUCAGUAUAUUCAGAUGAAGAUUCAGAGAGAGAUUUGUGUGCCACAGGGCUUUUUAAGGACAGAGCCGAAUCUUCUGAAUCAGCUGCAUCAGAGUUUAAACUUUUACUAGACUCACCAAUUCCUGAAUUUGGACCAGAUCUAGGAUCAUCAAUAUCAUAUACAGACUUCAGGUCUUGUUCACCUCAAUCUGUGUUAUCUGAUUUUGAAACAGAGUUAUAUUCUCUUAUGGUCCCAGAAGGCCAGCAUUCAUCUCCAGAAUCCUUACCAUCUGUGAGCAAAUACACAAGUCUUUCUCCUGAUUCCCCUGUACCUGACUUCAGACGGGGUUUGCCAGAAACUAAUGUUGAGUUCAAAGCUCACGGGUCAUUGUCACUUGAAUCGGUGGCUUCAGAAACAGAAUAUGCUCCUCUGAUUUUACAGAUGUUUGAGGACAGGGCAGAAUCUCCUGAUUCAACUCAGUCAGAAGAUCAUUGUAAACCCCUUUCACCUGCCUUACCCAUUCAGUUACCUCGUGAGUCUCACAGUGCUUUAAGGUCCAUGUCCCCUGAGUCAGUGCUUUCAGACCUAAAAAUAGACCUCCCAACACUUGGUAAACCACUUUCUCCUGAAUCUCUAUCAUCAGAUAAACUUUCACCUGAUUCACCUGUACCUGACUUUGUGAAAACACUGUUUAGAGUACCCAAAAAUGUCUUUGUACAAAGAUCGGCAUCUCAUGAGUCAACAUGUUCGGACGAUGAAUAUAUUUUUAUAAGUUUAAGCUCACUAGUUCAUGACAUGAGAUGCUCUUCACCUGGCUCGGUAGCAUCUGGAGAUGAGUACCAAGUGCAGUCACCAGACUCGCCAAUACCCGAUUACACACCAGGAAUGCCAGAACACGUCAUUGUAAAUGUUGGGUAUCGCUCAUCCUCUCCUGAAUCCAUCGAAUCAGAUGUCGAGUACGCUGUGAGGGACUUUUUGAUGUCCACAAUUUUCUGUGUUGAGAACAGACCAGAUUCUCCUGAAUCAGUAGAAUCAGAAACAGAAGAAAGGCCGCUCUCUGUUGAAUCUAUACCAGAAUACAGGCCCAUGUCUCCUGGGACAUUAGUGCUACUUGGAAACAUUAGAUCAGCAUCUCCAGAAUCUACUCAGUCAUUUGAUGAACACAAGAAGCUUUCUCCAGACUCGCCUCUCCCUUGGUUUGCACAAAAUGUUUUUGAGGCUCCAGCAGCAGGAACACUUUAUGGCAGCUCAUCCUCUGAAUCAUUAUCAUCAUUGUUUUCAGAUCUGGACUGUGAUCUGACAUAUUCUCCAUUUAACGCAAGAGUCACUACCAAGAGAGCAUUGUCAGCGCAGUCCGAAAGAUCAUAUGAUGAACUCCUGGGGUCUGAAUCACCAGUGCCCGAUUUCACAAAGAGUUUUGUGGAAACUUUCAUGUGUGUGAGAAACAUGUCACCAUUAGACUUUUCAGAUUCUGACAGUUUAUCCCAGGCUUCAGCUCCAUUCUGUACGGGAGAAAGAACAACAUCACCUGAAUCUUUAGUAUUAGAUAUGGAGGAAAUACUUGCAUCCAGAUCAUCUUUAAAUGAAUCAAAAGACCCACCUGACCCUAAAGAAUCACUAAUUAUGGUAACUGAGUAUAAUCUCGCUGAUGAUGCUGAGCGAUGGAGUCCAAGUUCUCAAGCAAGUCAUCUUCAGUGUGCCAGAGAAACUUUGCAUAGUAAAAAAAGGUUUACACAGUUUGUUGACAGCACAAUGGACUACGAGAGAAGUGAAACAGAUGACGAAAAUCGGACAGAAAAGGAUAAAAAUUCAGAGGAGGCAGAGUCACUUCCACCUAUGACUGAACACAUUUUCUCUUCACGAGCACUUCCAUACAGACAGAGAAAGUCUAUAUUUGAAUUGCCUGAGGCAGAAACACAGGAUGAAGGUUCACCAGAAUCCUCCAUGUCCCCCAAUGCAGUCAUGGUGUUAGAUGCAAGAGCACCAUCACCAGGGCCUGUGACAUCAGUCAGUCAGUUCAGACCACUUUCACCAGAUUCUCCAGUACCAGAAUUUACAGUGGCAUUGUCAGAAUGUGUAAUGUUUCCCAGAUCAUCAUCGUCACCUUUAGCAUUGGGUUCAGAUCAUAUGCCACUGAAUUUAGACUUUGAUUUUGUAGAAUGCAGACCAUCAUCUGUGGAAGUUCCACUGUUUGAUGAUCAAAACGAGACAGACAGGCCACUAUCCUCUGAGUCCUCUGAAUACAUACCUGUGUCAUUUGAAUCUGCCGUACACAUGGCUGACAAAAGAGCAUCAUCUCCAGAAUCAAUGCCAGAGUUCAAUGAGAACAGGCCGCUGUCUCCAGACUCUCCCAUCCCUCAGUUUACAGAGUCGUUGGAGGCUUACAGCACUAUUUGUGAGUCAUCGUCAACUGAAUCACAGGGUUCAGACUCAGAGUACGAGUUGAUUGUCAAAUCAUCAAAAGUUGCUGGUAGUGACAGACCAUCCUCACCUGAAUCUGUGUCGUCUCUCGGUGAGUUUGAACAACUGUUACCUGACUCACCAGUACCUGAAUUUAUGAGAAUAUUGUCGUCUUAUUUUAUGAAUGCUACUCCAGUAGAUAGAUCAUCUUCUCCGGUUUCUUUUGCAUCAGACUCUGAGUUUGUGGCCUUGCCUGUUGAUUGUUGGAUUAAUGAUAUUUCGCGACCUUUGAGCCCUGAAACUGCGGAAUCAGAGGAGGAAUUAGACUCUGGUCCAUCUUCAUCGUUACUUAUCAAAAGCCCAAUAGCGAUGUCACCGUUAGUAAUUCAAAUUGGGGAUAAGUCUGGUGAAGAACAUCCUAAGUGGCAAGAAAUGAAAGAAUUACAACCAGAAUUUCAGUCAUACAAAGAAUGGAUGGAGCCCGGAUCCCAGGUUGGAAGCUUCUCAACUUUACAAACCACCGUCUGUGAGGAAGACUCACAUGUUAAUGAUGGUGAAGGAAAGCAGAAGAAGACCCAGCCUGUUAGUGUUGAUGAUCUAAAGACCAAGCUAGCCUCUCAAAGGGCUCCUGAGACACCAAAGGAAACACGGUUUCAAACAGACGAUGACACACAGCUUCAGUCUGCUACAACAAUAACACAGCAGAGCAGUAACAUAGGUGUGCUCUUUGGUGAAGACAAGCUGAUGGCAUCAGUCCCUCUACAGCUACCUGAACACAGCACAUACACAACUCACAGAGCUGUUACUCCAAUUCUGCCUUCACGUGAGAAGGCUUCAUUUGCAUCCCACAGGUGCUCUGAGUGGGAGCUGUCCCUGAAGGAAGCACAAUCUAGUGAGCACUUUUCACCCUCGCCAACUCCUGAUCGAGAUUACCAGGCAAUGCUUCCAGAACAUCUGAGAGCUCCUGACUGUAGCCAAGUGUCCUUGAAUGACAGGAGCCUCCUGUUGUCAGUGUUCAGCGACUCUAUGUCAGCUAAGCUUGAGAGCCAAGCUCUGACUAAGAAAGAGUCUGAAACCCUUGGAGACACCGAAGACUUUUCACCAGACUUUAAGAAGGUCCUCACAGGAACUAGAGAGAAACAAGCGUCCGAAUCUGAAUUAGGUAAACCAAAUGUCCCAGUAAAGCAGCACUUCAAGGGCUCUGAAUCUCCACAGCACUCUGAUUCAGAUAUGGAGUUCUUUGACUGCAGACAAGCCUUCUCUGACUUUUCGGAACCAGAAGAUGUGAUUACCUAUCAUAUCUCUGAACCCCCUUCACCAGUACCUGGGAGUAGUCUUGAUACUGGCCUUCAGCGUGCUACUCAAGCAAACCAGCUCUUCUUGCGGGCAGAAGAUAGAAAUCUCUUCUCUACCAGCAGCGAAAGUCUUCCUGAAUUUGCUUAUGAUGUAGAGGCGUAUCAGACAGACAGUGGGCUCCCCGUACUGGAGGAGCUCCCUUCCAGAGAUCAGGCAGAAUACUAUGACGAUGAUGACUUCCUGGGACGGGUAAGAGGUUGAGCAUGAGCACAGUGCUGUGGAUCUGCAUUCCUAAAUCAAGAGACAAACAAGCAGUCGGUACUUUGGAGACUAAAAGACACUGGAAAUGCUUUUGUGUGCAUAAAUAUUAGAAAUAUUGCAAAUGUCAUAACACAAACACUUCUUCCUCACACCAGUGUGCUGUUUGGGGUUUGUUUGUUUGCAGUAUCUCAAACUGUUGAUGAAAUGCAUGAGCUGCUGUAGGGAAUCUUUAACUGAGACAUUUGCACCUGUUUGCUUUGAUUUCUGCCUGUUGCAGUUCAUCCCACUCACAUGUACAGAUAAUCCCCCCCUUAAAUAUAUGCAAAAAGAAUUUCCUUUAGCUAUGAAGGAUACAGUCAUAUGGGGCAGUGCAGUUAUGCUUUUGUUUAUGCACAGCUCUCUUAAGGUAAAGAGUUGAGUUCUGGUCUUUGGACUACUACCCCAGCUCGAGUCUUUUAUUUUUUAGCCGUUCUGUUGCAGAUCUGUGGGAGUACUUCAGACCCCCCUUUGUUCUUCAGUAGUGGUAGUGUCUUCGGUACAGGUGGCCUUUCAUUUGACUCUGGGAUUCAGGACUUCCCUACACUGACUGCACGUACCCAGGCCAAGUGCAGCUCAUCGCCUCUAACUCCUGCUAACAAUGUUUCCACUUUGACUUGUUUGGACGUCAGAUUGAUGGACAGCAACAACUUCUGGCCAACAAUCUGGGCAGUUCAUUGCUGAGUUCAUUGCUUGUGUUGAUGCUCACCUGAAUGCUGUAGACUUCUGCUCACAUGCAUUUGAUUAGCAGAACCUGCUACUGCUACUUACCCUCUUGAUUCCUGUGGAAGCAGUAACAGUGUACUCAGUUUUUCACAGCAUUGCACAGAGACCUGUGGCUGCAGAAGUUAACUGUAGACACUGUUUAGACCCAUGCUAU